CUGUCAAAACCCUUAUCAAUUACGCUACUGUCAAAAACGUGUUGGUAAACGUGUCUCAUUCCAUGAUACAAAAGAAACAGUAUUGUAAAUUCAUAGUUCACGAUGAGUGUGUUGCUGCCAAGUGUAUGCGUAUCCCGAAACUAGCGCAUUGUCUCCCGCCCCACCCGGUCGACCUUUCGCUAAACUGGACCACAAACAAGAGAGACGGUUGUGCAAUCCAGGGGGCGACGAAAAUUGGGAGUGAAACGCGAUUCGACCGAAAACUUGUUUACAUCCACAGCCACCCCCUACCAGCGCGCGCGCUGCAAAGGGCUCGUCUUACGCCUGCUGUCUGCUGGCGGGAGUGAAACGGAGUGCGCCGGUCAUGUUGAGAUAGCAACAAACGACGAGGCUCGUCAUCAUUGCUUCCGUGUUGCCCUGCUUUGUGCCGUGCCGUGCGUGCACCCACACCGCUCGAGCGCCGUGUGUUCACGCGAACCACCCAACCCAAACUGGUUGGCUCGAAAAGAGAGACAGAAAACGAGGCGAAACGGACACGCCUCGGCAUCGGCAGGCUUCGCGGCGGUGGUUUCACUGGUAGUGUGGCAUUCAUUGUGCAACGGAACGGUCGCAACAGACUUAAGUGUGUGCGCGCGCGCCUCCAGAGGAAAAAAGUAAAAGGGAAACAUUCAACCCAGCGCAGAGUACGCGAUGAGUGAAAGGUAUGCCACGAUUGCAGAGCAGCUGGGCAAAUGGCAGCAGGGCCAUUUGCUGACGUUCUGGGACGAGCUGGCGGAACCGCAGCGGGCCGCCCUGCUCGAUUCGCUGGCCGACAGCGUCGACUGUGCCGCGCUCGAUGAAGCCUUCCGCCGUGCCAUGGCAACCGCCACGUCGACGAAGGAGGACUUGAACGAGCUGCUGAAACCGCUGGCGAGAGAAAGGUACCUCUCCGUUGCCGAGGCUACCGAGGUGGAGCUGGAAGACCUGCGGCAGGCGGGGCUGGAGCAGAUCCGCCAAGGGCGGGUCGGUGUAAUACUGCUGGCCGGUGGGCAGGGCACACGGCUCGGUUCCACCGCCCCGAAGGGCACGUACAAUGUGAACCUGCCGUCCGGCAAGUCGCUGUUUCAGCUGCAGGCCGAGCGGAUUCGGAAGCUGCAGCAGUUGGCGGGUGGCGAGGGCCGCAUCCGCUGGUACAUCAUGACCAGCGAGCACACGCACACGGAAACGCUCGACUACUUCAGGCAGCACCAGUACUUUGGCCUGCCGCCCGACCAGGUUCGCAUGUUCCGGCAGCGCAGCGUACCGUGCGUCGACUUCGAGGGUCGCAUUCUGCUGGACGAAAAGUGGAAGGUGGCCACCGCCCCGGACGGCAACGGGGGCAUCUAUCGGGCGCUCAAGGACGAAGGCAUCCUGGACGAGCUGGAGCGGGAGGGCGUCCUGUACCUGCACGCCCACAGCGUGGACAACAUUCUCAUCAAGGUGGCCGAUCCGGUUUUCGUCGGCUACUGCGUGCGCAAGGGGGCCGACUGCGGGGUGAAGGUGAUCGAGAAGGUGCAGCCGGACGAGGCGGUCGGCGUGGUGUGCGAAGUGAAAGGCAAGUAUCAAGUGGUCGAGUACAGCGAGCUGUCGAGCGAAACGGCCAACCGCCGCAAUCCGACCGACGGCAAGCUCACAUUCAACGCGGGCAACAUUUGCAACCACUUCUUCACCAGCGCGUUUCUGCGGCGAAUCGCCGAAACGACAAUGCCACUGCACGUGGCCAAAAAGAAGAUCCCGUACGUGGACGUGGCGACUGGCGCGCGGCUCAAGCCGACCGCGCCGAACGGCAUCAAGAUGGAAAAGUUCAUCUUUGACGUGUUUCCGCUGGCGGAACGGUUCGUGGCGCUCGAGGGCCGGCGCGAGGAAGAGUUCAGUGCCCUCAAGAACGCCGACACGGCCGGCAUCGACUGUCCGUCCAGCGUGCGGGGCGAUAUCUACCGACUGCACCGGAAGUGGCUUAUCAAGGCGGGCGCUACCGAGGUGCUUGAUGCUGCCGAUGCAUCGUUCGAUUGCGAAAUUUCUCCGCUCUUAUCGUACGCGGGCGAAGGUCUGGAGACGGCGGCCGCCGGUCAAAGCUUUCGCUGCCCGGUCCAUCUGACCGGUGCCGAUGAGCGAGAACAGCACUAGACAAGAGACGAGCUAAAAAUAAUGCCCCGAUGCAAUUGGCUCACAACAGAUUAGAAGACGAGAGACACGAUCGACAAUGAUGCUGCUGCGCCCCCCGCGCUUGGCCUGCUGCGAUGGCGAUAAUCAAUCGAAGUUGUUCCCGCCCCGCCGCUCGCGUGCAAUAUAACCGAAGGAGCAGACAUUAUCAAUCGCCUUUCCAUCUCGAAUUAUCUCUUUGCUUUGCGGGGGGUCAUUAAACGUGUUUUGUUCGGGGCACAGUCGGAAGAUGCAGUCGAACAGAGCAGCGUGUAAUUGCGUUUCUUGGCAUCAUCAUAGCAGCGCUACACUUUUGCUCAAACGUCCCGAGGCUUGUUGUUUUGGAGGAGCUUUGCCUCCAAGUGGUAGGAGUUUAGGCUGAUCUGUAAAAAAAAACACAUUAUGAAUCUUUUUGGUAGUACCAAUUCGU